CCUGCCGAGUAGGUCAAGUAAAGCAAUAUGGAGAAGUGUAUCAAACUGGUACAGUUUUGGCUUUUGCUUUUCCUUCUUAGUAAUGAUUUGUGUGUGUCGGGAUUAGACCUUACAUUACUCCACACCAACGAUGCUCACGCACGGAUAGAGGAGACUAGCAUAGAUUCUGGGAAAUGUACUACAGAAGUGUGCUUCGCUGGAGUUGCGAGGAGGUAUAGGAAAAUAAGAGAAAUUCGGAGCAUCGAGAAGAACGUGUUGCUGCUCGAUGCAGGAGACCAAUUUCAGGGAACCGUCUGGUUCAACCACUACGAGGGUGCCGAAGCUGCCUAUUUUAUGAACAAACUCCGGUAUGAUGCGAUGGCAUUAGGAAACCAUGAAUUUGACAAUGGUGUGGAGGGAUUGCUGGAGCCUUUUCUGAAGCAGGUCAACUUCACAGUUCUCAGCGCUAACAUCAAGCCAAAUCAAGCUGUGGUGCCGGAACUGAGUCAUUACUUCUUUCCCUACAAGAUAUUUAAUGUUGGCUCUGACAGAGUGGCUGUGGUGGGCUACACAUCAAAAGAAACACCAGAUUUAUCACUGCCAGGUCCACACUUGGUAUUUGAGGAUGAGAUCAGUGCUCUGCAGGUCCAAGUGAAUAAGCUGACCAGACUUGGUAUCAAUAAAAUCAUUGGACUCGGCCACUCCGGCUUUGAGGUCGAUAAAGAAAUUGCCAGGAAGGUCCAAGGGAUUGAUGUGGUCAUCGGUGGACACACAAACACAUUCUUGUAUACAGGGGACAGGCCAUCUACAGAGGUCCCAGCAGGCCCAUACCCAUUUGUGGUUUCUUCCGAGGACGGGCGGAAAGUCCCUGUUGUCCAGGCCUAUGCCUUUGGGAAAUACCUGGGCCAAUUAAAGGUGACCUUUGAUGAUGCUGGCAAUGUGGUGAAGUCACUGGGGAACCCCAUCCUGCUGGACAGCAGCGUACCACAAGAUGCAGGUGUGCUUCAGGAUGUGGAGGAAUGGAAGAAGAGCCUGGCAAAUUACUCCUCUCAGUAUGUAGGGAAGACCAUGGUCUACCUCAAUGGAACGUUUGAAGAGUGCCGAUUCCGGGAGUGCAACCUGGGGAACUUGAUCUGUGAUGCAAUGGUCCACCAUAACCUUAAAUACUCAGACGAAGUGCAAUGGAACCAUGUCAGCUCCUGCAUUGUCAACAGCGGGUCCAUACGCUCGUCUAUAGACGAGCGAAGCAAGAACGGCUCAAUCACCAUGGAGGAACUCCUGACUGUAUUGCCUUUUGGUGGGACCUAUGACUUGGUGCAGCUGAAGGGAUCAACGCUCAGAGAUGCAUUUGAGCAUUCCGUCCGAAGAUACGGACAGAACACAGGAGAAUUCCUGCAGGUGGCAGGGAUUCAGGUGGAGCUUGACUUGUCAAAGCCCUCUGGUGAGCGUGUGACGUCCCUGCACCUUCUCUGCACAAAGUGUCGGGUGCCAAAAUACGAGCCGUUGGUCCUGGACCAGGUCUACAAGCUGGUUCUCCCAUCUUAUCUGAUCAAUGGAGGAGAUGGUUUCUCCAUGAUCAAAGAGGAGAUGCUGAAGCACGACAGCGGUGACAUGGACAUCUCGGUCAUACAGAGCUACAUCCAGGAGAGGAAGAAAGUUCACCCAGCUGUGGAGGGGCGGAUCAGGAUCGUCAAAUCGGGGUCGGCAGCGGCAGUCGCCUGCCCUCUCACUGUGCUGCUACUCGGGCUGUUCUGGGCUCUGGCUGUGGGCCUCUGAGGCUCUGGUCAACCAACCAUCCAGUGGAGCUCAGAGCUGAACGCUGCAUCAGCAAUGCCACGCUGUGACGUACAGAUGACAUACUCCUGCUUUAACUGUCGGGCUUGGACAUUUGAACACUUACUUCGUAACUGAUUAUUGAUUGAAUUUUUUAUUUUUAUAUUUCUAAAGUAAAGCAACCCAUGACCCAUGAUUUCUUCAAAUAUGAAGUCAUACUUUCUUGCUUAGCUUUCUGUCGUGUUGACAAUUUCUGCAUCGUAAUAUAUACCGAUCAGCCAAAACAUUAAUACCAUCUGCUUAUUUUUCAUGAAUAGAAAUGCUUUAAACUGUUUAAACUUGUCUAUAAAAAACGUAAUAUUUCAUUAUAUGAUAUGUGUACUUAUAUAAGCAGAUAAAGUGACUUGCAUCCAAAAGUUA